GCAGUCGCAGAUCGCAUCUCUUCCUCCUCGAUUUCCGCGUUGGUUGCCAUUAGCUUAGCCCCAGGACACCAAUGACGCUUUUAUUUUACCCAAUUCCCCCAUCCUUGUCCACCUUGCUCUUCACAUUACCCGUUGGGAAAGCCUCCUGAGAAGCUGCAAGGAGAUUCUUCUAAGGAAAUGACUUUAUUUCCAUAUUACCAUACCUUUAAACCGUUCAUGAAAGCUAAGGAGUAUGUCAUUUUGUGGAUCAUGUUUUGUCGAUAGAAAUAGAACUUCUAAGACAGAUCUCGGCAUAAGGAAAGGAUCGGCAGCAAGUUCUGGUACCCAAAGACAAGGGAGCAUCACAAGCAGCACCUACUCGUACAGAGCAGCGAGCCGAAGAAGCCAGUUCACAGCUUCUGAGGGCAGAGCCGUGGACAAGGGCUCUCUCCUGCCUGCCAAGCAUGCCAUACAGGUUUUUGAUGAUCAAGGAAAGGAUGUGACGCCCCGUCCUCUCUUCCGGGGAGAUCCCAGUAGCGUUGUGACUAAACAAGGCAAACUCUUAGCACAAAGUGAUUACUCUGGGGCCACAGGAUCUGGUUUCUUCUCUUCUUUUUCCGUGCAACAGACAUCAGGUGUGAAUGUUAGUUUAGUAGGUCCGUUCUCAAGGUCGUAUGGAAGCACCACUAUUUCUAAAUCAUAUGCGUCAACAACUGAGUCCAUAGCAGAUGAAAUAGUAGAACCUGGCCCUCGGCGAGACACAACUGUUAGCAUAACUGAUAUACAGGUGAGGCGAGAGGAGAUAAAAGAACAACUGACAAAAGAAGACUUGGAUAGGCGAGUGGAUAUUUACCUUACAGAGACGGAAACUAUUUGGAUGUUGGAUAUGCCAUCUGUUAUGGUGUCUGUAGAGUCUGAAGAUGCUGAAAAAGUUCUGGAGCGGAAUAGGAUUUAUGUUGACGUUUGCAAAAAUAGACUUGGUAACGAUCGCUUUGUGGAAAGAAUGAUGCAAACCCUUAGUGGAGCCCCAAAAAGCAAGGAAGCGCAGUGUGACAAAAUCAACACAGAAGAUAAAGGCAUGAUGGUCACUUCCUGGGACUUGUAUGAUUCCUUUAAUGCACUGGAAAUAGAACCUACAUCAAAAGCAGAAGGUAAAAGAGCCACAGUUGUGAACAGCAGCAUGUCUCUUAUGACUAAAGAGUGUGAUCAGACUGCAUCUACAACUCCUGACAGAGAGAGCACAACUUCUAUAAUGGAUUUGGACAGUACUGUUCUUGCCAGAAUCCAUGAAGAGGAGGAAGACCAUUCAGAGUCUAUAUUAAAAUCAGAAAAAUUUCGUCAGGAUUUAUUUUUCAUGGAGAGGAUUCUAAUGGAGAAUAUUUUUCAACCUAAACUGGCAGCUUAUCGGCAACUUCCUGUCCUUAUAGAACCUGUCGCUACAUCAAAUAUUAGUGAUAUAGUAAUAGCCAUGGAAGAAGCUGAGGAGGAAAAGGAAGAGCAGGAUGAGGAAGAACAGAAGGAUAUCUUUGUUGCCCCCUCAAUUCUGUCAAAUCUAAAUAAAGCCCCAGAAGAAGUUGGGCCUCCCAGUUUGGAACGACUGUGGUCAUAUACAUGUGAUCUCACUAACGGGCACAGUGUGAGCAGUAUGGCUUGGAACAAACUAAACCCGGAUCUUUUGGCUGUUGGUUAUGGAGAGUUUGACUUUAAAGAACAGAAGAACGGCUUGGUUUGCUGUUGGUCACUGAAGAACCCCAUGUGGCCAGAGCGUAUUUUUCAGUGUGAACAUGGUGUUACUACUUUGGAUUUUUCUAUCGCGAGCCCUAAUCUUUUAGCAGUUGGAAUGUACAAUGGUACUGUCGCAAUCUAUAACGUACAGAGCCAUAAUAACACUGCACUCUUAGACAGCAGUGAGUCUUUAGAUAAACAUAUAGGUCCUGUAUGGCAGCUGAAGUGGGUAGAACAGGACAGAGGCACAACAGGAGAUGACAAAGGAGAGAUAUUAAUCUCUAUCUCAGCAGAUGGCCGAAUAACCAAAUGGCUCAUACGGAAAGGACUGGGUUGCUCUGCGCUGUUGAGCAUUCCAAAGAAGCACAAGUUACACUCUGCUGUCAUAUGCCAUAUCUGUUUGACAAGAACUCUUGCCAUUUGCACAGAUCUGAUGAAAAUAAAGCGAACAGAAAGUGAGAAGAAAAAAUUAACAGGUGAGAAAGAAAGGAGAAGUGAAGCUCUGAUAUCUCGACAGGCACCUGGAAUGUGCUUUGACUUCCAUCCGAAGGAUACUAUUUUCUAUCUUGCUGGAACAGAAGAGGGUCUUAUUCACAAAUGUUCUUCUUCUUACAAUGAGCAGUUUCUAGAAACAUACAGAGGACAUAAGGGUCCUGUGUACAAAAUCGCUUGGAAUCCAUUCAGCACUGACAUGUUUUUAAGCUGCUCUGCAGACUGGAGCAUUAUUUUAUGGCACCAGGAUUCGCAGAAGCCCAUUUUAACUUUCAGUUCCACCGCUGCUGCCGUUCAUGACAUUAUAUGGUCUCCAAAAUCAGUCUCUAUAUUUGCAGCAGUGAAUGAAAGCAGAGUAGAAAUCUGGGAUCUUAGCAUCAGCACCUUGGAUCCCUUAAUCACUAGCUUUGCCAACCCAAAAGUGAAAUUCACGACUGUACUUUUCGCUAAGAACACCGACUGCCUUCUGAUAGGAGACAAUAAAGGCCAAGUCAGUGUGUUUGAGCUGCAGAAUCUGGAGGCUUCCAAUAGUAAUAAGGUUGAUGCCUUACAGGAUAUAAUUGGUUCUGCUCUAGCUACUUAACAGUAGCUAAAUGAUACUACUGCUCAGUCGGUAAACAGCAAAAAGACAAAUGUCAUCUUGUGUCCACAAAUUCCCAAAUCCAUCAUUUAAUUAUGCAUCGGGGGAAAAAUAACAGUUUUCUUGUAGCAUUAUCAUAAACCAUUUAUUGUUUUACAGUCAUUAAAAUUCAUCUUUGAAGCCACACUGGUUAGAAAUCCCUUCCAAAUGCACUAACUUUUCCCCUGGAAGCCCCCUUCAUUAGAUGAACGGUCUGUUGUAUUACUGUACAAAGGGCCUUCCCCACAAUACAGAGCCCGUAAUAGAAAGAUGUCCAUUAAAGUCUUUUCUCCUUAGGCUAACCUUGACUUACUCAAAAAGCAAAAAUAGCAAAAAUCCCCUCCUGUAUAAGGUACUCCAUCAGGAAUUAGAAUAUAACCUGAAGUCUUUAUCAGAAGUAGUCAGUUGUCUUUAUCCAUGCAAAAUCAUAUAAGUGAAUGGACUUUUCUUUAGAUCCAUCUUGUCUGCCAUGCCAGAAAACAGAACUGAGGUUGGAAGCUGAGCUUUGAAUGGCAUUAGGUGCUCCUGCAAGCUGCAGAUCACCCCACAGCAGGCAGAAGUACAGACUGACUUUUUCAACGCUGACAGAUUUGACUCAUGUAAAAUUGCAGCUUAAAUUCACUCUAUUCCAUGCUGACACUUUUCUGAAAAGUCCUUACAACUGCGAGACAACUGCGUGGUCCUGGAACAAGGACCGACUUCUGCAGCUGACUUUUUACAUGGCAUUACCUUCCCCCCCCAGCCCAGCAGCUGGAAAGCCAAGCUGUUGGUGUGGAAAGAUGAGGAAGUAGGAGAGCUAUUGCCUGAUCCAGGAAGUCAGGGUGCUGCUACGACCAUUACUGCUGCCGUUGAGCAGGAGCGUUCGUGAAGAGUUCUCAGGUCCUCCUGGCUGGCCGGAAGCAGGCACGGAGGCAGUGUUUGGCUGCUUAGGCAGCUUUUCCUUGUCUUUCUGAGGGAAGGUUGACAGAAUCAGAAAGCAGCAUCCAGUGGGCCACCAGCUGGACUGUGAUGUCUUAGAGGGUUUUCAGAGAUCGACUGCUCAAAGAGAACAUGGAGCCUCUCUACAGAUGACUAAUUAAUAAGAUAGUUUUAGCCUACAAUCUGACCAGUACAGAAGAGAGCCCCCUUGUCACAGGAACAGAGUGAUACAAAAGCCUGGCAGUAAAGCGCUCUGCCUGUCAACUGAUGAACGCAAUCGCUAUCUGCUCUUGAACGCAUUACGCAGUGGGACACAUAUUUUAUAGAUAGAAAACAUUUAGAUGCUCUCAUUAGCCUAACAAUAAAUGUCCAACAUUUAAACACAUCACCAAAGUUAAAGAUCAUUUAGCGAUGCAUUAACAUUCACUUCCUUCUGCAUUCUGCACAUUUUACAAUGAAAAUGCAAGCUCACCCUUGACAGAAAAUAAACCUUGUGCAUUUCCAAAAAAAAAAAGACAUCCAUUAAGGUGAAUCAUGUGUUAAUCAUUAUUACAAAUCUGACCAAAAUACACUGUGUAUUUUUCAUCAGUGAUCAUGACUGUUUACUUACAGGUGCCACUGGUGAAGAAAUGAGCUAUCUGUUACAGCUAUAACACACAGUAAUUCAUCCUGCACGUACUGUAAACUGCUUAAACUGUAACAUUAUGGUGCUGGAUAACACUUGUGGUGCUAGGAAG